AACGUCCUGCAUUUUAAUCUCUAACGUUCUAUAUAAUGCCCUCGUGAUAUAUGUCAACACUUCUUCUGACAAAUGUUAUCCUCAACAUUUUACUCUAGGACGUUAGUAAGACCACAUAAACUUGUAUUUCAAAUGAUGGCUAGAAGUUCCUCAUCACCACUAGAAAAGGAUCUAUUUCCAUUUUCGUUAGGAAAAGGUACAAAAUGUCCACCUCUCACUCCUGGUGUGAUGAGAAUUUACAGUAUGAGGUUUUGUCCAUAUGCACAGAGAACUCGACUAGUUUUACAAUACAAACAAAUACCUCAUGAACUUGUCAAUAUAAACUUGAAGCAAAAGCCCAAGUGGUUACGUGAAAGAUACCCUGCUGGACUGGUACCGAUCCUUGAGAAAGAUGGCCAGGUCGUGUACGAGUCCAGUGUUUGUAAUGAUUACCUGGAUGAGAUGUACUCUGAACCCAAACUUACUCCAUCUGACCCCUUUAAAAAAGCUGAAGAUAAAAUGUUGUCAGAAACCUUUUCAAAGGUUAUUGCAUUAUUUUAUGAGGUUCCGGCGUCGCUGGCUAAUGACACCUUUCCUGUUACAUUGAAAAAAUAUUUACGUGAAAUGCAACGUUAUGAAGACGCCUUAGAAAAAAGGGGAGACUUUUUUGGAGGUGCAAAACCAUGUAUGGUGGAUUUUAUGAUAUGGCCAUGGUUUGAACGCAUUGACGUCAUAUCAGUUGUGGCACCGGAAACGGAUAUUACAGAAGAUCGAUUUCCGCGGUUGGCUGCUUGGAUGAAACGCAUGUAUAAAAUACCUGCCGUCAUAAAUACAUACGUGAAACCUGAGCAUCAUGUUCAUUUCUUUAAAACCUUGCGCGAGGGAAGUCCCGAGUAUGACCAUGGAGUAUUACAAAGCAAUUUGUAAAUUAUUAAACAAUCCAAACACAUAAUUCACGUAGAUAUUAUAUAUUUAAAUAAGGUUGAAUACAUUUGAUAUAAUCACAUUCAGUGGAUACUUGCCAUUAUAAUGUAUGAACAUUUGCCAAAUUAUAUGAACCUUGAUUUUAUUUGAUCUUAUAGAAACGAUGAAGGUCGGGUCAUCAAAUAAAUCAAAUCAAAUAUAUUUUUCUCUGAAUUUUAGUGACUAUCAGACAAAUUAAAUUUUAUUUUUACAAGAACCUAGACAACUGUGCCCCACAGUUCGUUUAUUAUCAUGAUAAUUAUGACCCCUAUUCCUCAUUUGUGUAAAUAUAUUUUUGUAUGUGUCAAAAGCAAACUUGAAUUAUGUAUUUGCUUGUAAUUAUAUUUUGUUUUCAGUGGUUUUAAAAAAGUUGUGUGUGAGUGAGUAUACUAUAGGAGUGUGUGUCACACUGUGUGGAAAUGAGUGUUUUAGAGUAUUCAGGUUUGAACUGCUGUUAAAUUAAUUGACAAUAAAACUGAGAAAGAUAA